CAUGCGCCGAUGGUUACGCCGGUCACUUGACGCAGAAGUAUAAACCAGGCUUAACAAGGACUAGAUGAGGGCUAAACAAGGGGGCGUGGCAGCUGGAAACAAGGAAGGAGGAACAGAGGAGCACAUGCCAGACACAAACACAGGUUAAGCCAUGUGCUCAGACACAAGUUAAACACAGACACAUUGAACAAGGAUAACACAGACACAACAUGGUACAUAGACAUAUGACAGGAAAUCCUAAUAUCAGUAAUCAAGAUUAAUCAAGAAAUCAAGAUUAGAUAUAAAUUUCCCAAACUAAUAAUGUUUAAUCUGCAAAAACCUUUGGGUUUGUGUGAUUUAAUUUGAUUGAGGUGAUAUUUUGAUAUUUGGUUUAGUCCCACUUUCCGAGUGCAUGUUGUUUAAUAAUGUUUUUGUUACAUUCCACAGUGAUUUUCUACCGUCAACAAUAAAUGAAUUCACAUUUUCACCAUGACAUCCAUGAAUACAUCAUAUCAAAUGGUGAACUUCUCCUGUUCCAUCAAUAUGACUGACUGGGAAACAGCCAUAAACCAUCUCUACACAUACUUUUACCUGAUUAUCUUCAUUCCAGGAGUGCUGAGCAACACACUGGCUCUUUGGGUGCUGUGUCGAUUUGUAAGCAAGAAGACGAAAGCCAUCAUCUUCAUGAUCAACCUGACCGUGGCUGACCUGGCUCAUGUGCUCUCCUUGCCUCUUCGAAUUCAUUACUACAUCCAACAGGACUGGCCUUUUGGCAACGAGUUAUGCCUGCUCUGCUUUUACCUGAAAUACCUAAACAUGUACGCAAGCAUUGCAUUUCUGGUCUGCAUCAGCAUUCAGCGCUGUGGUUUUCUCAUGCACCCGUUUCAUGCUAGGCGCUGGAAGUCCCGCUAUGACGUCUGCAUCAGUAUCACGGUAUGGGUUGUGGUUGGUCUCUGCUGUUCGCCCUUCAUUUUAAUGAGGAGCAAAUCGAAUUCGUCACUGGGUAACAGAAGCUGCUUCAAAGACCUGCCAAUGCGCAAGCUGAAUUUUCAGUUAGCCAUUUCUAUGAUGGCCGCCGCUGAACUCUUCGGAUUUCUUGGUCCGUUAUUCAUCAUUGGCUUCUGUAAUUACUUAAUAGAGAACUCUAUGAGACAGCGGAACAAACAGCAGCAGUCUACUAGUGACACAAGAAAGGCCUUGCGCAUGGUUAGAGUGUGCACAGGAGUUUUCCUCUUCUGCUUUGCACCCUAUCACAUCAACUUCCUCCUGUACCUGAUGGUAUCACAAAGCAUCAUAACAAACUGUGAAGCGAGUCAGGUCAUCAAACAGUUUCACCCCAUUUCUCUGUGUAUGGCAAGCCUUAACUGCUGCCUCAACCCUCUUAUCUAUUAUUUUCUGACUACUGAGUUCAAGCAGCAGCUCUCUCACCAUGGCAGCUCAGUGCUUAGAGGACGACUGAUGAGUAUGGAGAGCACAUCUUCAUAUAAGGAAUGAGUGUUGCAUAAUUUGAAAAUAUACCUGUAUAUACAUUUCUUUUUUGCUUGUGUAAAAAAAAACUGCAUUAUAAGUUGCUUUUAAACAGUGUACAAACUGAAGCCUGUAUAUUUUGGACUAUACUUUGCUUGGAAUAUACAAUUAAAAAAAAAAUAUCUGAAAUAAAUAAAUAAGUAACAAAA